AUGGAAGAGAUUGUUUCUUGUUGUCCGGUUUGUUGUGAGCUAUUUGAUAACCAAGGUUGGAAUGCUCUUUAUUAUGCUGUGGUUAGUAAAAGAAUACGUGUAUUCAAAGUGUCUCUGAAAAUUCCAAAACUUGACAGACUUGUAAACGGAUACACACCCAUCCAUCUAAUCCAUGCUUCAGCGCUAAAGCAUGAGCACUGGGAAAAUUUUUUGAGGUCUCUGUGUAGGAUAUAUCGUCUUAAUGAGCAAAGGCUAAGCGUCAAUCACAUAGUCAAAAAAAUAAUUUUCUCGUGCACAGCUGCCAAAAUGUUUCGCUUGGACCAAGAGAUCUUAAAAUCUAUUGACUAUGUUGACAAGGGACCCUUUGGCAUUGUUGUGGAAGAAGAGAAAAAGGCAGGCUCGGAAUACAAUAAGAAACGGGAGGAAUCCUUGGAUAAAGUAAGAGAAGCUCAUGUGGUAGUAGCAGCAUUCAUAGCAACGGUAACAUUUGCAACAGCAUUCACCUUACCUGGCACCCAACAAUUUGAGUACCGAUACCAUUUCUGUACGGAUUCAUCCACUUACACUACAAAUAGUUCUUUCCCAUCAAACCUCAACGCCACUCUCUCUUCACUUUACGCAAACGCUACACGCAGGGAUGGUUUUUAUAACACAAGUGCCGGUCAGAGUUCUGAUAAAGUCUAUGGCCUCUUCCUAUGCAGAGGAGAUACCUCCCCUGAGGUAUGUCAGAGUUGCAUCAAGGCCAUCAGUGAAGAGAUUGUGAAUCGCUGCCCGAAUAACAAAGAAGCAAUUAUAUGGUACGAUAUGUGCAUGCUACGUUACUCUAACCGUUCUAUAUUCUCUGUUUCAGAGGAACGUCCAAAAGUAUGGAUGUGGAAUCGGAAUAAUAUUGGAGAUGUUAUGAAUGUAGAUCAAUUUAAUGCUAGUUUGGGAGACUUGAUGAACAAGCUUGUUACACGCGCUGCGUCUUCAAGUAAUUUGUUUGCAAUGGAAGACAGAAAUGAAACUGCAUUUAUCAGGUUAUAUGGUCUGGUACAGUGCACUCCAGAUAUAUCUCCAUCUCAGUGCAGAAUAUGCUUAGCUGGUUGCGUCAGCGACAUUCCUAGGUGCUGCAAUGGAAAGCAAGGUGGUAAUGUUCUCGCACCAAGUUGCAAUAUGAGGUAUGAAAUUUACCGUUUCACCACUGCUCCACCAGCUCCACCCCCUCCUGCAAUUGCCCCAUCUCUGCAAACUCCACCAGCAACCUUGUUAAAUCCCAGUGGAGAAAGGAAGAACUCAUCACGAACAAUUGUAUACAUUACUGUUCCCACAAGUGUCUUUGUGGUGCUAUUUUUCACCUUAUGCUACUGUUAUGUGCACCAAAAGGCAAGGAAGAAAUACAACGCUACAGAAGGGGCAAAUGGUAUAGAAAACGUAGAGCGAAAUCCUUCCAGUAUUUGA